AUGGCACAGGUGGUUGACGAGAAACCAGUGAAGAACGAUGCCUCUAGGGGUUUCGAUGCCGAAAAAGCCACUUCACUUCAUGGCAUUCCGCGUGAGUCACAGCUGGAGUUCAUCGAAGAUCCGGACGAAGGCCUGAGUGGGGAGGAAAAGGCGAAGAUCGAUCGUGCCUUAGUGUGGAAACUUGAUCUGCGACUCAUUCCGUGGCUCAGUCUGCUCUAUCUCGUUUCCUUCUUGGAUAGAACCAAUGUCGGCAACGCAAAGCUCGCGGGCCUCCAGCAGGAUCUCCACAUGACCAACUCGCAAUAUAAUGCCGCACUGACCAUUUUCUUCGUUUCGUAUUCCGUCUUCGAACCGAUGACCAACGUGCUUCUCAAGCGCAUGCGGCCCAGUGUGUUUAUCCCCAUAAUAAUGGCAUCAUGGGGCAUUUGCAUGACAUGUAUGGGUCUUGUGCAUAAUUUCUCUGGGCUUAUGGCGGUACGAUGGUUCCUAGGCCUGGCUGAAGCAGGACUCUUUCCUGGUGUCGGAUACUUCCUUUCCUGUUGGUAUAAGCGAUCUGAAUUCGGCGUCCGCAUGGCCAUCUUCUUUUCGGCCGCUGCUCUUGCAGGGUCUUUCGGCGGAUUGCUCGCGGCUGCGAUCGCCCUGAUGGACGGUGUGGGAGGCAAGGCGGGCUGGUCCUGGAUCUUCAUCCUCGAGGGGCUGGCUACGAUCAUCAUCGGUGUACUGUCUUUCUGGAUGGUCUACGAUUUCCCGGACGAGGCCACAUUCCUGUCCGAGGCGGAUCGCAAGCGCGUCCUACGGCGUUUGGUGGCUGACAAGCAGGCCAGUUCCGGGCACGAGAAGUUCCAAAUGGCGUAUUUCUGGAGCAGUCUGAAGGACUGGAAGACCUACACCGGGGCCAUCAUCUAUAUGGGUGCAGACGGGGCAUUGUACGCCUUUUCUCUGUUUACACCCACAAUCAUCAAUGAACUAGUAGGUUACACGGCGAUCCAGGCGCAACUGCUCAGCGUCCCACCCUAUGCAGCAGCAGCCAUUGUAACCGUGGCGGUUGGUUUUAUCGCGGACCGGACCCGCCAGCGUGGCAUCUGCAAUAUUAUCGUGUCUCUCGUGGGUAUUGCUGGGUUCUCCUUGCUUCUGGGAGCCAAGUCAGCGGGAGCGCGAUAUGCCGGGACGUUCCUGGGUGCGAUGGGCAUCUACCCUGCGAUAGCCAACACGAUCUCCUGGGCCAGUAACAAUACAGAGGGCGUGUACAAGCGCGGUGUCACACUGGGCAUUGUGAUCGGCUGGGGUAACUUGAACGGGAUCGUAUCGUCGAACAUCUACCGUGGCAACGAUGCGCCUCAGUUCUAUCCAGGUCACGGCACCGUGCUGGCGUAUCUGGUGGUGUUCCUGCUCGGAGGCUCGGUGGUGCAAUACCUUCUGCUCCGACGGGAGAACGCGAAGCGGCGACGGGGAGAGCGCGACCACUGGGUGAGGGGGCUCGAGGCGAGCGAGAUCGCAGUGCUUGGGGACAAGCGGCCUGAUUUUAUGUACACGCUGUGA